AUGCGUACCUCAUUCGCCGUUCUCUGCCAUUGCUGGCCUUUCUUCACUGGCCUCGGCCAAUAUACUAUUCAGCCAGGUAAAUCCUACAGCGAGACCCUUCACACCGAUCCCAUCAGUGGCGGUAUAGCCAUCAAGAUCACCACCGUUGAAAACGGUCUCUUCAAUGGCUCACCUCAAACAAUCUUUGCCUACACGUUGACCAAUGGCCAAGUCUGGUACGACCUCUCUGAUGUUUUUGGAGAUCCUUUUGCGGGCAAGUCGCUCAAUGUGAUCCUUUCGGACACUUCGUGCCACGCUGUUUGGUCUAAUGGAAUACCACCUGCUGGUAGCCAGGUUAAUGUGUGCCAACCAAACACCAACCUCAAUUUGAAGCUUUGCUAA